AUGGUUAGUGAUUUACGAAGAACAUUUGUCUCCUGGUUAAGACAUACAGAAGCUGAACUUAAAAGAGAAAGAAAUGAUCUUGUUAGACGUAAGAGGGAAUUUGAAGAAGAAAAGAAGAAAGUUUGGGCUCUUUUCCAGCAAGAUAAAGAAGCAGAAUAUAAUAAAAUUAAGGAGGAGCGUCGUGCAGCGCAUGCAGAAUUACAACAACAAUUAAAACAAUUAGAAAUAGAAAGAAAUGAUGCAAGAGGAAAAUUACAAAAAGAAAAACAAAAAUUUAUACAAGAACAAGAAAAUGCUAGAAGAAAACAAGUACUUGAGAGGGAGCGUUUUCGUCAAGAAGUAUUAGCAUUUGAAUCAUUAAAUCAAAGAGUAAUGGAUGCAACAAUUGCAGCAGAGAUGGUUAUAGAUAUAAAUGUUGGUGGUGUUAUAUAUGAAUCAUCAAGGGAAACCCUAAUUCAACAAAAAAAAUCUUUAUUAUCCUCUAUUUUAUCAGGAAAAUUUCCUGUACCUAGGGAUAAACAAGGAAGAAUAUUCUUUGAUAGAGAUGCAGAACUUUUCCGUAUUAUACUCAACUUCCUUAGACAGCCUAAUACACCACCACAACCAAGGGAUAGUGCAGAAAGUGAUGCUCUUUGUGCAGAGGCAGCAUUUUAUGGAUUAAAUUUCUUUUCUUCUCCAUUAGUGUUUGCAUUAGGAGGAAAUGACGGAAAAAAACAUCUAGAUACAAUUGAAUAUUAUAAUUAUAAGCAACAAAGAUGGAUCUAUUGCCCUCCUAUGCAAACAGAGAGAGCAUAUGCAUCUGCUGCUGCUAUUCAUAAUAAAAUCUAUCUAUGCGGAGGACAAAAUAUUAAUUAUAAAGCCUUAUGUGACGUAGAGGUAUAUGAUGCAUUAUUAGGGAGUUGGUUUAGUUGCCAACCUUUAUCUAUUCCUCGUCGUAAUGCAUGCGCAUCCUCAUUAAAUAAGAGAGUAUUUAUAAUUGGAGGAUUUAAUGGGGAAUCUAUUCUCUCCUCUGUUGAGGGUUUAGAUACAAGAAUGAAGAAUUGGAUACAUCUUGCUCCUCUUAAUUCACCCAGAUCUAGUGCUAUGUGUUGUGCUCAUGGGGAUUCAUUAGUAGUACUAGGAGGAACAACAGGAGAAAGACUACGAACAGUUGAGGUGUAUGAUGAGCGAAUGGAUAAAUGGGAAACCCUACCAGCAUCCAUGAUUGAGGUCCGUAGUGCAGGUAGUGCAGUAUCAGGAAAUAAUCAUUUAUAUGUAUUAGGGGGUAUAGAUAGCGAGCAUCGUAUAAUAAAUUCUAUUGAGGGUUUAGACCCUGAUGGGUUUGGGGAGGGAGAGAGGGAGAGAGUGGUAACUGGUGGUCAAGAUGGCGAAGUAUUGAAUAGUGUUUGUUUUUAUGAUCCUGAAGGUGACCAAUGGUCAACAGGACCACCAAUGUUAUCUCCUCGUUAUGGUCAUUGUCUAGUUGUUACUAAUUUAUAA